UCGUUUUGCUCCCCUCCGCUGGGGGUCGGUUGUCACCCCGCUCGCGAUCAGCGGUUCCUGGUUUGAGCUGCGGUGACUAGAGAUGGGAUGAUGAGGGUUGAAAAUUAUGAUUAUUGUCGAUGCUGUUAGUGACUUAAUCCCAGCUCCGUCAGGGUUGUUGUGUUGCUUUGUGGUUAAUCGAGAAUGUAAGCAUUAAAUGUGAGGUGAUUUAACUUGGUUAUGGCAUACGAGGUUGAGUUUAGUCUCGCAAAGCCAGACCAAACUAGGUUGAGUUUGACAUAGGCAGGAUAAUGAAAAGAAAAUAGCAACAGGUAUGCACAUAUACUCUGUGGAUACCUAAAUAAAAUAAACUACGUUUAAAUAUGGCCUGCCGACAUUAUUGGCUUAUUUUCUCCAGAUAUUUGUAAUCUCAAUGUAAUUGAUUUCCAUGAAAGAAGUUACGGCCCUGUUAACCUAUGCUGAAGUGUCACAAGGGUUUGAACAUGGGGUUACAUGGUUAAUUGAAACCCACUCGUUCCAUCGCAUGCUCCUGAUUUCCGUCUCACAGUUUCAUUGGAGAAGCUCCUGCACUAUAAUUGCAUGUACUCCUUUACAUUCUUCUAUGUCGAUAUUUGUUUCAAUGCUGCACACGACAUUUGAUUGGAAGGCCUAUUUGGAUUAUAAUUUAUCAAAAUGGGUAUUUGUUUUAUUAUACAGUGUUCAGUCCAUGAAUGUCUACACUACAGCAUAGGGGUCAUUGAAUCAGUAUACACAAGGGGUCAGAAACCCAUGGCCUUUCAGAGCAAAAUAGUUACUUGACUCUUGCAGUGAUUGAAUCUGGCUGAAAUAAAUCAGGAUCCUCAAUCAGUCGAUCAUAAACCGCCAGUAUAGGUAACAUGACAUCAGCCUAAUCGGUCACGUCUAUGGAAUGAAUUAAUAAAUUAUUAUCUUCCACAAAAAGGUGGGAUUAUAAUUAUAUAAACUCUUCUUUGGCUCUUUCAACAACCAUUUCAAUGAGUGACAUGUUGUAUGGCUUUUCAAACUGAAAAGCUAUACCAACACCUGGUACAGACCCUGAGAACAGCUCCACCGAGCAAGCUGCCCUAUGGCUUAAUUUAGCCUUCUGUCGACUCUAGUGCAAACCUUCAAGAGGCAACACAGAAUCUGUCACCUUCAGCUGUGAGAGCCACACCUUGUUUACCUUGCACAACGUGAAGAUGUAUGCAGCCUUCAUUCAUUGAGUAGCCAAUACAAUAUCAGCAAUCUGUGUGUGCUGGAAUAGGCCCUCCAUGCUGUUGUUCCAAUAGGGUUAGGGGUAGGGCAACCAAUUUGCCUGCUGUUUACAAAAGUGGCCUACCAAUUAUUCCCAUUUUGACAGGCAAUUUCUGUUAAGGUCAUUGUUAUAAAAUUGCAGUAGAUGACAGAUUCCAGAUUGUGCUCGACAUCAGAAGCGAUAAUUAAGAUAAGGUUAUACAAUGUUAACCCAUUUCCUGGUGUUGAGGUUAGCAGCCUCCUACUUUCUUAUUCGCUGGCCUCAUUACUCUGCCUCUCCUCAAUGAACGCACACAAUGCACCUGGUCUAGGCGGAGUACAGGUACAGAGCUAUGGCUGGACCGAGGCCUGUGGUGCUGAGCGGACCGUCGGGGGCGGGCAAGAGCACGCUGCUCAAGAAGCUCAUGAAGGAGUACGACGGCGUCUUCGGAUUCAGCGUCUCCCAUACCACAAGACAGCCACGUCCUGGUGAAGAGAAUGGCAAAGACUACCAUUACGUCACGAAGGACGCCAUGCAGACGGCCGUCGCCAACGGCGAGUUCAUCGAGAGCGCCGUGUUCUCGGGGAACAUGUACGGCACGAGCAAGGCGGCGGUGCAGGCGGUCCGCGCCAAGAACCUCAUCUGCAUCCUGGACAUCGACAUGCAGGGCGUGCGCAACAUCAAGAAGACGGACCUCAACGCCAUCUACGUGUCCAUCCAGGCGCCGUCCAUGGACAUCCUGGAGAAGCGUCUGAGGGACAGAAAGACCGAGUCAGAGGAGGGUCUGCAGAAGCGGUUGCACGCAGCUCGCCUCGACGUGGAGUUCAGUAAAGAAGAGGGUAUGUUCGACGUCUGCAUCGUCAACGACGUCUUGGAGGACGCCUAUGGGAAGCUGAAGGACGUUCUGCUGGAGGAAAUAAACCAAGUGAAGAAAACCGGCAUGACUUUGUAAAGAAACGCUGGAAUACGGACACUUGGAAGGUGCUGCCCGUCACUCCUCCCCCCCCCCCCCCCUUCUCCUCCCCCAGGCAGACCCCGCCCCCAUUCCGGAGCAUUCCUCCAGAGCGGGUAAUUCCAGAAGCUGUUUCUUAACCCGACCCAAAUCACUUUUGACAUGCGAGCAUGUCCCCAAUGCGGUUUUCCCUAGAACUUUGUUUCCUUGGGCCUUUUAUUUUACCUCCUUUGUUACACCUCAUUUUAGGGAGGGGUGUUAAAUAUCUGAAUUAAUGUUCUUGUUGGUACCACUGGGUUCAGGAUUGUUUUUGUGAGAUGGUAGUUCCUUUAGAAGGAGCAGGUUAAUGGCAGAUAACAUCCUGGCCAUCCCCAGACUUGUCCAUAUGUUUAGUCAACGAAGGUUGAGACUGAUUGUGUUAAAUAUGAUAUUUUAGCUUUCCCUUUUUGGCUUGUAAUGGUAGUCUUCGUACAAUAACAAAAACCUAUCAAUUCCUCAACUGAAUGGAAAAUGGACAUUGAGGAUACACUUGUCUAUGGUGCUGGAUAUGUCUAAGAUAGGCCACGUUAUGACGUGUAUGGUUAAACUAAUUUCAGGAACAUGGCUUCCAAUUGCCUUCUUGGAAACAAACCCCAAAACACAAUGACCUACUUGUUGAACUGAUAGGAUUCCAGAGGUUUUUCUUCCAGGGCGAUAGCCAAUCGAUAGUCAAGUCUUGGUUGAAAGAGAGGGAUUCAACUCAAGUGGAAACGUUUACAAAUAAAAAGGAGUUGUCUCUACAUGCACGCGGAUAUGGAACAUUAUUUUUGCUAUGGGAUUAUUAUUUGACAGGCUAAAUGCCAGUUGUACUUUUAUAUCAUAGGCCUGAACAACCAUUAAUCUCAAAUCCUAUUUGUCUGUUUUUUUGCAUCAUGUACACACCACUGAUUCAGAUGGGACAAUUUAACCUGAUUAUCAACUUUAUUAACUUAUUUUUAAUCAACUGAUGACUUUAGUUAAGCCUGAAAAAGUUUAUGAAUGAAUCAUUCAAAAUACUUUUAAUACUCAUUCCGUACUGUUUUAAACCAUAAUGAAGAAAGAAUUUGGUUUUCAUGUUUUAGCAAUAAUAUGGUGUUUGUACUAGAUUUAUGCUAGACUGGAAAGUACUCACAUUGUUCCAGUCAGUGCCCAUUUCUAAAGCAUACUUGCUUUUCAUGUAUCUUGUAUGUGUACAGUAGAAUAAAAGUGUAGUAACAAGG